UACGUAAGUUACACUGUGUACCGACCGUUGUAACUUUGAACGGUUACGUCUUUGUUCACAAAAAAUAAAUAAUUUUCUGUUCUCAAAAUAUUUUUGCUAAUCUGCUUUGUGUGGUAAAUGUGUGCAAAGUGCAGCAUAAUUCUGAUUCGGGAUCCAGUGGCGCUCAAAAUGUCAAACCAUUGUAAAUGCAGAAGUACAGUUUCCGAUUCUAUUAGUGCAGACCUGAUACGUGAAGUGCGAGCCAGACCUGCUCUUUGGAACUGCAAGGAUGAAAAUUACAAGAGCAGCGUUGUGACUAGAAAAUUGUGGAAUGAUAUUGGGAACAUCAUAAAUAAGACAGACGUUGAGGCAAGAAAAAAGUGGAAGUCCUUAAGAGACAUGUAUCGGAGGAACAUGCAUCCAUUAUCAACAGGCCAAUCCAAGAAAAUUUGGAAAUUUACAGAAUCAAUGCAUUUCUUGAGAGAUUCAAUGUCACUACUUCCAAAUGAUGUCUUCCAUGAUUUCAAUGAAAAUGACGAAACAAAUAAUAUAGUCUUUGAGGAGGAUGCGAAUGAGUCUCAACCAGGCUCAGAAACUUCGAUGGGAAUGGAUGUUACACUUAGUGUACUUAGUGACCCAUUACGUAGUGAACCAUUACAUAGUGACCCAUUAAGUAGUGAACCAUUACAUAGUGAACCAUCACGUAGUGAAUCAUUACCUGGUGACCCAUUAAGUAGUGAACCAUUACAUAGUGAACCAUUACGUAGUGAAUCAUUACCUAGUGACCCAUUACGUAUUGAACAAUUACUUAAUGAGCCAUCACCUAGUGUACCAACGCUUAGUGUACCAUCCCCUAGAAUCAGACCUCGCCGUUCGAAGUCAUCACUGACUCCAAGAAAUACGGAACAUGAUAUGUUGGAGUUGGAAAAGGCGAAGAUUGAAGCAAUUUUGAACUUGGGUAGAAGGAAGGUGGAGGAGGGGAAUGAUGAUUAUCAUUUUUUGAUGAGCUUGCUUCCCUACAUAAAGGAUUUGCACCCGUUUGUGAAAUCGGAACUUCGUGAGCAAGUGCAAGGAAUUGUGAUGAAGUGCUAUAGAGAGAACAUGCAGGACGAACAACAGAUUGGUAACAACAAUUUGAAUGUUAGCAAAGGAUGUUCUAGCAACGCCAAAGCCGGCAAAUCGACUCAUUUCAUAAUUCACGACACAUUCGAUGGUGAGUAUUCAUUUCCAAUCAUAAAAUGUAUGAAAAAUAAUUAUUUAGAUACUCUAACAACGCAUUUUCAUCCAUCAGGGCAUGGUGUCCAAGACGGUUAG